AUGUCGGAUUCAGCAGUAACAAAACCAGUGAAAACGCACAACUUACCACUUUUGAUUAGAAAGAACGCUAUAAGAACGUACGAAAGAUUAAAAUCGAACAAUCGACGCGUUGAGAACGCUCAACAGAGUUACAAUGAAAACAUAAUUUUUAAAAAAGACAUAAUCUACAAGGCCCAAGAACAUGAUACAAUGAGCGGGAAAUACCCUAAUUUAAUCAUUAUAAAUAUACUGAAUGUCGUGAAAAAUACGAGUCGGACGAUCGCCACUUACCAGGAAAAUUCUUCUUUAGUCGAGUUGAACUCUGACAAUAUAUCAAACCUUAUUGGGCAGAAGAACUACGACCUAGUAUUCAGUGCUCUGUGUUCAGUUAUAAACCAAGACUUAAAAGUUCAAGGUAUAAUAUCAUUACUAAGCUUAGAUAAAAAAAACACUUCAUGUGAUGUGAAAGGUGAGGAUAAAUCUUCUCAAACAGACGAAACUUGUCGAGAAAUGUUCAUGCGUAUUAAAAGACAAAAGACAGUCAUUAGACGGAAACGGAUAGGAUCUUAUGCUAUUAGCGAUGAUGCGCUGCCAGAGGAGCAUAUGAAAAAAUUUAUUAUUUAUCCGAAAAACUUAAAUCUUAUUACACCAGAGAAAAUAAAAGUCGUAUCUGAUCGUAAUAAAACUUUAGAAGAAUUUAAUAACAAAAAUUUGUGUGAAGAAUCUUCUAACAGUGAAUAUUCACCAGAAUUAAAAUGUAUACUCGAGGAAGACAGUAAUAUCUAUGACAGCAGUAUCGGUAACAUCUCUAUAGGCAGCUGUAACAUACCGAACAUAUUAGAAAACCCUAAUUCUUUAUUAAACAACAUCGACAAACACACAAAACACACGGACACCAGUAACUUGACAACGGUCAGAAUGAUUGACGGUUCGGUGAUGAUGAUUCCUGGAAACCCUGAUAUAUUUCAUUUAGCGAGUCAGGAUAUUUUAAAAGAUUUGUCGCCGCAAGAUAGGAAGAAAAUAUUAUUGCAUCAAGCUUAUAUCGAUUGGAAGUUCUGUUUACAAGCUGAUUGUGAUGGAUAUCUUUACAGCGUAUCUCGCAUGGGUAUCCUCCGUGCAGUACCUGUUGAAUGGUCCAUGGAAGAAUUAGUAACAAAUUUACAAGUUCCUUCUGGUUGUGGGGGAGUUGUCAAGGCCCGGAGACUAAGUCUAAAAUCUAUUAAUGAACAUAAUUCUCCUGUAUGGAUUCCAACACAACCGCUCCAGAAGGCAGUACUCAAUAAGGAUGCGGAUUUAGUAAAACGUAAUUGUAUAGUUCUAAAGAUGCGCCAUCAAUCAGUCGACGUCACAUUUAAUGGGAAUCCGACAGCACUUCAAUUAUCACUGAUCCAUGGCAGUCCCAAGUGUACAGCGAUAUUGUUGCAAUAUGGAGCCGACCCGCUAAUACCUGACGAAGAAAGCAGGACACCGUUACAUCUAGCAGCGGAGGUCAGCUCGGAAAACGUUAAAGCUAUUUUGGAUCACUGUAGAGCGAAUGCUAGAGAAGUUCUAAGAGAGAACGAGGGUAUGUGGAGAGACAGCUUCGACAGUAAAUCAGAUAAAGAUUUGGCAGACUUUUUAAUAUAUAAGAUGUGUAUUGAGUACGACAAUCAAGGUUAGUUUUAAAAUUUAUU